AGGCCCCCAGUCAAGGCUCUCGGGCUUCUCCCUCCCCCUGGGGUAUUUCCCAACCCAGAUUAAUCACCGAGGCGGCCCCAGGGAGGAGGUAUAUAGUAUGGUUUACUAUAAAGGAGCACAGACUUGGAGAGCAGGCCCGAGGACCCAGGCACUCUGCAGACCAUGAGGCUGCGAUUCAUCUGUGCUCUGCUUUGGCUCCUGGAAGGGCAAAGCUGGGCAGACACCCGGGCCAUCGGGGCCAACGAAUGCCGCCCCAACUCGCAGCCCUGGCAGGCCAUACUCUUCCCUCCCAACUAUCUCUUCUGCGGGGCGACCCUCAUCAGCGACCGUUGGCUGCUCACAGCUGCCCACUGCCGACAGCCGUUUAUAUGGGUCCUACUCGGCAGGCAGCAUCUCUGGAAACGGGCGCUUCAGGAGCAGCGGUUCGUGGCCAGAGACUUCUUCCCUCAUCCUGAGUUCAACCCGGACCUCCGCGUCCGAGACCACAAUAAUGACAUCAUGCUGAUUCGUCUGCCCAGGAAGGCACUUCUGACACCCGCCGUGCAGCCCCUCAAACUCAGCCAGACCUGCGUCUCCCCGGGCACCCAGUGCCUAUUCUCAGGCUGGUGGGCCUCACUCAGUCCUACGGAGAAGUUCCCACUCACGCUGCAGUGUGCCGACGUCAGCAUCCUGGAGCCCAGCCUCUGCCAGCAGGCACACCCGGACCGAAACACCUCCGGCAUGCUCUGUGCCGGCCAUUGGGACGGCGGCCGGGUCCCCUGCCACGGUGACUCCGGGGGCCCCCUGGUUUGCGAUGGGGCCCUGGCGGGUGUGGCGUCCGGGAGCUCGGAGCGCUGCUCCAGCCCCCAGAGCCAUGGUGUCUAUGUUAGCGUGUGCCGCUACCUGGACUGGAUUCGAAAAACCAUGGAGGACAACUGAGCCCUCGCGCCUUGGACGACCAGGAAAGGAGGGUGGGCGCAGGCCACGAGGGCUGGCAAGGCUCCAGCCUCUAGGGUCUCCGCCGUUCUCUUCGGCUGGCCUGGACACACCUUCUGGAUAUUCAAGUUCCCAGCUUCU